AAUGCUUGGAGCGAAGGAUUGGAAGUUUGUCAAAUGUGCAUCACCCCUAAUCAGUACUUGUCUGCAAAUGUUCUUAUGGGUGUUGUUGAAAUUAUGUUGAAUGCACAUGAUGAUGACUUCUGUGAACAUUCAGUACCAGAUAUCAUAGACAAAUGCCAACAAAUCUUAUCACAAAACUUUAGUACACAUCCUCCUUGUAUUGACAAACCUCUAAGAGCCUGUUAUAACAAAUUCCUGACCUCACCCAUGGAUUUAAAAGAAAAAACAUUCACAAAUAGAACAGAAUAUGAAUGCAGCAAGGGUAUUGUUAAGUACUGUAUAAACAGGCUGGAAUAUGAAAUCAGUAAUAAUAGUAUUGAUGGCCCUUUAGUUGAUAAGAAUGAAAAUAUUCCAAUGGAAAUGCAACAGAGUGUCAGAGGUAUGCAUUGGCAGAAAGAGAGGUUUGAGAUAUUUGAACUCCUUGAUAGACAUGACAGAAUAGAGAGAUUGAUGGCAGUUCUUGAAAGUGUCAUUGAACUGUUGCAGUUUGAUCUUGCUAUUUGGAAUUCAAGGUAUACCUCAGGUAAUGUGUGUCGUCAUCUUAUGAGAUCCCAUAAACCCCUAAUGGCGUUUGUUUUAUGGGGAGAUUGUGUGCUACUAACUGGAGCUGUGACAACCACUUGCAGACAAAUACUUAGACUCUUUGCAUAUAUGGUUCAUCUUGAAUAUCCAGAUUCAAUGUUGAGGACUAUGACUGUGUGGUUGAACAUAAUGGUACAAACAUUUUACAUCUGUGAAACGGACUCUAAUAUGAACUAUCCAAACGUCGCCAAAUAUAGUACAGUGUUAGGCAGAGAGUUUUAUAAAAUGAUCUCAGAUAUGCCUCAUAGCUCCAUCAUCAGGAUAAUAGAAACAAUUGAACCUUCUUACAUGAAACACAUUUUAGGAGUCAUGCAUGCACAAAGAUUACUCUUAACAGACAAUGACUGUAUAAUUAGUAUAUUAAUUCAAUUUAUCAAUAAUUCUCAAUGGGAGAAAUAUCCAAAAGAUAAUAAUCAAAUCAUACUGUCUGAAAGACUGUUUCCCAAGCCUAAGAAAAUUAAAAAAGUCCUAAACUAUUUGAUAAAAAAAUGUACGAGCUGGACUCUUGAAAGUACAUCAGAGAAUAGAGAAUAUGGAAAAAUAAAUUUGGAAUUGUUACAAAAUGAGUCUGAGCCAAGUAUAAAUCAUGUUAUUCAUACUUUAUACAUAACUCUAGAAGCAUAUAUAGAUACAUAUGAUAUUCAUUCUGUAAAGGAAACAUGGGACAAAUUAAACGAACAAGCUCUUAAUCACAGUUCUUCACAAAACAAGCAAGAAUAUGGUUCUUACGCAGUCACAGAGCAUAUAAUAAAAAAAUAUAAAUCUAUUCUCAAAAAUAUUAAUGAAUUACAUUUAGCUUUUCAGAGUUUGAAAAGUGUAGGGGUGCCAGAGGCUCUGCGUAUUUUUGAAAAUGCAGGCUUGUUAUAGCUAGACUGAACUGUGAACUGAAUUUGUUAACAUAAGUUUAAAAUUAGAUGUAUAAUUAUCUGGACCAAAAUUGAUUUUUAUGACUCUCUAAAGUAGCAUAGUAAAUCUCAACAUGAGAUUAUAUUUUAAGUAGGUAUUGUUCUGCUGUUCCGUAAUGAAGCCAUGCUUAGAAAUUAUUAUUUUAAGACAGCUGUAAAAAGUAAACUUAGAUUUGUAUACAUAUAUAUUUUACUGUUAAAUAAUGCUUGUUUUUUUUUUUCUUUUGAUCUUUUUUGGUCACAUGUCAACCAUUUACCAGUAUUUCCAGAAGAACAAAUAAUGAUACUCCAUAUUUUGUUUCUAUUAUUUUUAAUGUUAUUUACCUAAUAAUAAGGAAAAUAAAAAUAGAAUUACACUACAGUUUGUUUAGUAUUUUGGCAUAAAAUG